AUGUCGGGGUGCAGCUCGCUCCCACCUGAAGUCGCCUGUGACGUUCGGGCCCGCGGCCCGCGCGAGUGGAACGCGGGGUCGGGCCUGUUGCAGAAAGUGGCCGCUGGUGUCGGUCGCCGAGGCAGCCCCGAGCCCCGCCGGGGACACCCCGGACAGGCCGGGAGACCGGUCCGGCCUCGGGCGGGCUGGGGCCGCGGGCUCGCCGCCGGGGUCCGGCAGUUACGUAAUCGGGCUGGAGGCGGGGGCGCUCGGGCCGCGGGCGGGGGCGGCGCUCGCCUGCUGCUGCUGUGGCUCGAGGAAACCGAGAAAGUGGAGCAUUUCGGGGCUCAGGCCCUUGAUGAGCCUCCCUAUUUGACAGUGGGGACAGAUGUGAGUGCUAAAUACCGAGGAGCCUUUUGUGAAGCCAAGAUCAAGACAGCAAAACGACUUGUCAAAGUCAAGGUAACAUUUAGACAUGAUUCUUCAACAGUGGAAGUUCAGGACGACCACAUAAAGGGCCCGCUAAAGGUUGGAGCUAUUGUAGAAGUGAAGAAUCUUGAUGGUGCAUAUCAGGAAGCUGUUAUCAAUAAAUUAACCGAUGCCAGUUGGUACACUGUAGUGUUUGAUGAUGGGGACGAGAAGACGCUGCGGCGGUCCUCUCUGUGCCUGAAGGGGGAGAGGCACUUCGCUGAGAGUGAGACAUUAGACCAGCUCCCACUCACCAACCCUGAACAUUUUGGCACUCCAGUCAUAGGAAAGAAAACAAAUAGAGGAAGAAGAUCUAAUCAUAUACCAGAGGAAGAGUCUUCUUCAUCCUCCAGUGAUGAAGAUGAGGAUGAUAGGAAACAGACUGAUGAGCUCCUGGGAAAAGUUGUAUGUGUGGAUUAUGUUAGUUUGGAUAAAAAGAAAGCACUGUGGUUUCCUGCAUUGGUGGUUUGUCCUGAUUGUAGUGAUGAAAUUGCUGUGAAAAAAGACAAUAUUCUCGUUCGAUCUUUCAAAGAUGGCAAAUUUACUUCAGUACCAAGGAAAGAUGUUCAUGAAAUUACAAGUGACACCACACCAAAGUCUGACAGUGUAUUAAAACAAGCCUUUGAUCAGGCUCUUGAAUUUCACAAAAGUAAAACUAUUCCUGCUAACUGGAAGACUGAGUUAAAAGAAGAUAGUUCUAGCAGUGAAGCAGAGGAAGAAGAGGAAGAAGAAGAUGAUGAAAAAGAAAAGGAGGAUAAUAGCAGUGAAGAGGAGGAAGAAAUAGAACCAUUUCCAGAAGAAAGGGAGAACUUUCUUCAGCAGUUGUAUAAAUUUAUGGAAGAUAGAGGCACACCAAUAAACAAACGGCCUGUGCUUGGCUAUCGGAAUUUGAAUCUCUUCAAGUUAUUCAGACUUGUACACAAACUUGGAGGAUUUGAUAAUAUUGAAAGUGGAGCCGUGUGGAAACAAGUCUACCAGGACCUGGGCAUCCCUGUCUUAAACUCAGCUGCGGGGUAUAACGUCAAGUGUGCUUACAAAAAAUACUUGUAUGGUUUUGAGGAGUACUGUAGGUCAGCUAACAUUGAAUUUCAAAUGGCAUUGCCAGAGAAGAUUGUUAACAAGCCAUGUAAGGAAUGUGAAAAUGCAAAGGAAGUAAAAGUUAAGGAAGAGAAUGAACCAGAGAUCAAAGACAUAAAGGUAGAAGAGGAGGAAGACAGAGUACCAAAAGAAGAAAUGCCUCCUGAGGAUGCUACUGAAAGGAAGGAAAAUAUCAGACCCUCCCUGGGAAGUAAAAAGAACUUAUUAGAAUCUAUACCUGCACAAUCUGAUCAGGAAAAAGAAGUUAACGUCAAAACAACAGAAGAAAAUGAAAAUUUGGAAGAUAAAGACGAUGAGACAACCGAGGUAGAUGAGUCCCUCAGCAUAAAGGUAGAAGCUGAAGAAGAAAAAGCAAAAUCUGGAGAUGAAACGAAUAAAGAGGAAGAGGAAGAUGAUGAAGAAGCAGAAGAGGAGGAGGAGGAGGCGGAAGAGGAGGAAGAUGAGGACGCCGGCGAGGAAGCGGCGUUUGAGUGCUACCCACCGGGCGUGCGAGUCCAAGUGCGGUAUGGACGAGGGAAAGCUCAGAAAGUGUAUGAAGCUAGUAUUAAGGAUUCUGAUGUCGAAGGUGGAGAGGUGCUGUACUUGGUGCAUUACUGCGGAUGGAAUGUGAGAUAUGAUGAAUGGAUUAAAGCAGAUAAAAUAGUAAGACCUGCUGAUAAGAAUGUGCCAAAAAUAAAACAUCGAAAGAAAAUAAAGAAUAAAUUGGACAAAGAAAAAGACAAAGAUGAAAAAUACUCUCCUAAAAAUUGUAAACUUCGGCGCUUAUCAAAACCACCAUUUCAGACAAAUUCAUCUCCUGAGAUGGUCUCCAAACUGGAUCUUACUGAUGCCAAAAACUCUGAUACAGCUCACAUUAAAUCCAUAGAAAUUACUUCUAUCCUUAAUGGACUUCAAGCUUCUGAGAGUUCUGCUGAAGACAGUGAACCAGAGGAGGAGACAGGUGCUCAGGACAUAGAUAAUAAUGGCAAAGAGGACAUUAAAAUUGAUCAUUUGACCCACCCCAGAAAUGAUCUUAUUGCAAAAGAGGAACAGAACAGUUCAUCUUUGCUAGAAGAAAACAGAGUCCAUGCAGACUUGGUAAUAUCUAAAGCAGUGUCCAAAUCUCCUGAAAGAUUAAGAAAAGACAUAGAAGGAUUAUCUGAAGAUACUGAUUAUGAAGAAGAAGAUGAAGUCACAAAAAAGAGAAAGGACAGCAGAAAGGACAUUGCAGAUAAACCUUCAAAACCACCGGUGAAGCGCGGGAAAAGAAGGUAUUGCAGUACUGAGGAGUGCCUGAAGGCUGGAUCGCCUGGCAAAAAAGAAGAGAAGGCCAAAAACAAAGAGUCACUUUGCGUAGAAAACAGCAGCAACAGCUCUUCAGAUGAAGACGAAGAAGAAAAAGCAAAGGCAAAGGUUACACCAACUAAGAAAUACAAUGGUUUGGACGAAAAGAGAAAAUCUCUCCGGACAACUGGCUUCUAUUCAGGAUUUUCAGAAGUUGCAGAGAAAAGGAUAAAACUCUUAAGUAACUCUGAUGAAAGACUUCAGAAUAGCAGAGCUAAAGAUCGCAAAGACGUCUGGUCGAGUAUUCAGGGUCAGUGGCCCAAGAAAACACUGAAGGAGCUUUUUUCAGACUCUGACACUGAGGCUGCCGCUUCUCCACCUCAUCCUGCCCCAGAAGAAGGCCCAGUGGAGGGGUCGCUGCAGACCGUGGCCGAGGAGGAGAGUGGCUCACCCGGCCCGGAGCUAGAGCCCAUGCCUACAGUCGGGCCCGAGAGCAAAGCCACUGACGAAAAGCCAGCGGAGGCCGGUGACAAGAAAGCGGACUUCCCGAGUAGCGGCAGCAACUCGGUGCUGAACACCCCGCCCACGACCCCCGAAUCGCCUUCCUCGGUCACUGUAACCGAAGCCCCUCGGCCGCAGUCUUCUGCAGCGACGUCGGAACCCCUGGCUGCCAACCAAGAAGAGGUUCGGAGCAUCAAGAGCGAAACCGAUAGCACCAUCGAGGUGGACAGCGUUGCCGGGGAGCUCCAAGACCUCCCGUCUGACGGGAACAGCUCACCGGCAGGCUUCGAGGCGAGCGUGAGCCCCGGCAGUGGUAACCAGCCAGAGCCCGAGCAGCCUGGGAAAGGUCAGAAAAGAGCAAAAGAAGUUCAGGGAGCAGGAAGUUCAUCAAAAAAGCAGAAGCGAAGCCAUAAAGCAACAGUGGUAAACAACAAAAAAAAGGGAAAAGGCACAAACAGUAGUGAUAGUGAAGAACUUUCUGCUGGUGAAAGUGUGACUAAGACUCAGCCAGUCAAGUCCGUUUCCACUGCUGUGAAAUCUCAUAACGCCAAGUCCCCAGCAAGGACACAGUCACCAGGAAAGUGCGGGAAGAAUGGCGACCGCGACCUGGACCUCAAGGAGCCUGGUGGCCGGUUGCCCAAAGUUUACAAGUGGAGCUUUCAGAUGUCGGACCUGGAAAAUAUGACAAGUGCUGAACGCAUCACAGUUCUUCAAGAAAAGCUACAAGAAAUCAGAAAACACUAUCUGUCAUUAAAAUCUGAAGUAGCUUCCAUUGAUAGAAGAAGAAAGCGUUUAAAGAAGAAAGAGAGAGAAAGUGCUGCUACUUCCUCGUCGUCCUCUUCACCCUCGUCCAGUUCCAUAACAGCUGCUGUUAUGUUGACGUUAGCUGAGCCUUCGAUGUCCAGCGCACCACAGAGCGGAGUGUCCGUCGAGUGCAGGUGACAGCAGGACCCGCCAGAGCACUUUGCACUUACGGCUGUUGGUGGCUACGUCUUUUUUAUACUGCACAGUGGCACAAAAAAAUCAGACAAGCACUAUUUUAUAUUUAAAAAUUGUUUCUUGACAAGCUGACUUGGCACUUAAGUGCACUUUUUUUUAAUGAAGAAAAAGUACAAUGAACUGCUUUUCCUCAAGCAAUAAUUGUUUCCAACUUGUCUGGGAAUUGUGUGUCUGGUAACUUGAAGGCCUCCCACUGUGGCAGGGGCGCGCUCUGCCCGGAGACAGUACAGUAGCAUCGGCGCUGGGUGGCAGAACACGGCAAGGUGACUUACUGUACAUGUACCCCUUGUAUUUUGUUAAAGCUGGAACAUUUGAUAUUUUUCCAUUUAUUUAUGAAAAAAUAUGAACCUAUUUUCAUUUGUACAAGCUAAUUGUUUUUUAAAGCAAGUCACCUUAGGGUGGCUUUAAUUGUAUAAGUCAAGCACAUGCAACAAAUUCAAAACCUGCAGUUGACAGGAUACUAGACACCGGUCCUGGUAACCAAAUAGUACAGAUUCUCUUUAGAAAAGACUGAACAUGUUUACAGGUUUGAAUUAGGCUGCCCGAUCUUGCAGUGGCUUUUCAUGCCCCUUCAAAUUGGAAAGGAACUACUGUACUUUGCCAUUUUUCUAUAAAUCAGUAUUUUUUUUUAAUUUUGAUAUAAUACAUUGUGUGAAAAAAGAAAAUGGCUAAUAAACUGUAUCAAAUCUUAAACAAUGUAUAAAUAUUGUACUUAGCCAGCUCAAAGUGUAUAUUUAUUCAUAAUGAAUUAUAACAGUUAUAUUUUUGUGUUUUCUUGUAAAUGUUUCUUUUCCCUUAACUCCAGAUAAUUCCUUUGUACCGCUUAUGUUAUUCCGCGCCUGGACGCCAGGACGCUGACGGCAGCGAGCGAGCCGCCCGAGGCAGGCCGCGGUGGGUCGGGGCUGACUCCGAGGGCUGCUGCCAGUAGCCCGCUGCCGGAGCGGCCGCCCAGUCCAUGCCUUGUGUAAAACCCGGAUGAGCACAGAGUUGUUUUCACUCGUGUUGACUUUCCGUUGUGCGACUCCAGCCUCUGUUUGUUCAGCCCUUGUGUCCAGCGCUGCUCCUCUGUGAGACAUUUGUGUAUCGCGGUGUGUUCGCUCGGCUGUCCGAUGCCUGGCACUGUUGACACACAGUACUCUGCUGUACAGACUGUGUGACUGUUUUAACUGUAGCUCUGUGUACUUUCUUUGGAUGGGGCUAGCAUGUUCUGUUUGUUUUCUGGCAGUAUGACAUGUGAGAAUUUCCAAGCGUUUUGUUGUAGAUGCUGACAUGUCAGAAUCCUUUACAUUCGACUUUUCUAAGAAAAACAUUUUCAGUCUUGUAGUGUGUGCUUACAGUAACUGAUUUUGUUGAAAAUGGUUUCAAGUUAUUAAAAUUUGUACAGGACUGUAAAGAUUUGUUGACAACAAAACGUUGAAGAAAAGCUUAUAGAAUAAAAGCUAUAAAGUAUAUAUUAGGAUCUGCAAACAGUGAAGAAUUAUGUAAUAUAUUGUACAAAUGUAAGCAAAGGCUCUGAAAUAAAAUGCCAUAGUUUGUGAA